CCGGUGCUGGCAGAGGCAGCUCUCCCGGCCCGGCCCCGGCUCCCUGCGCUGCAGCCCCGUGCGGACCCCCGGGGCGGCAGCUGCCCGCUGCCUGUCCUCCAUGGCCCCCGCCGUCCGCUUCUUGCCCGCCGCCCGCAGCCUCUUUGACGAGCCGGUGGCCAUCACGGUGCAGGGCCUCAGCCCGCGGCAGCAGGUCACGCUGCGGACAUCCUUGCAGGACGAGACAGGCGAGCUCUUCGAGGCCUGCGCCCGGUACCAGGCGGAGGACAACGGGGAGCUGGACCUGGCCCGCUGCCCCGCGCUGCCAGGGGGCAGUUUCUCCGGCCUGGAGCCCAUGGGGCUGCUCUGGGCCCUGCAGCCCCAGAAGCCCUUCUGGUAUUUCAUGAAGCAGGACAUGCAGACGCCGCUGCGCCUGCUCCUGGAGGUGUUUGAGGGUCAAGAGCCUCCACCCGGGCAGCUCCUGGCCCAGGCCCAGCACGAGCGGGUGUUCCUGCGGGAUGGGGUGCAGAGAGUCCCGGUGCGAGAGGGGAGGAUCCGAGCGACGCUUUUCCUGCCUCCUGGAGAAGCACCUUUUCCAGGAGUCAUUGACAUACAUGGACUUGGAGGAGGUCUUUUUGAACAUAGAGCCAGCCUCCUGGCCAACCACGGCUUUGCCACAUUGGCCCUGGCAUAUUACCGGUAUGAGGAUCUGCCCCAGGACCCAUCUAAACUCCACCUGGAAUAUUUUGAAGAGGCGGUGAACUAUAUGCUGCGGCACCCACAGGUAAAGGGACCAAGGCUUGGCUUGCUCGGAUACUCCAAAGGAGGAGAACUGUGUCUCGCCAUGGCCGCCUUCCUGAAGAAUAUCGCAGCCGUUGCUUCCAUCAAUGGUUCAGUGGCCGUUACAGUUAUUCCUCUCUGUUACAAGGAUAAAAUCAUCCCCACUCUGCCCUUUGAUGAAAAGCGUGUCAAGGUCAAUCAAUACAAUAUUCUUGAUUAUUCUGACAUCCUUAAUGACCCCUUCCAAGUCCCUGGCCACCAAAGCCUGAUCCCACUGGAGAAAGUCGAGGCAAAUUUACUGUUCAUCACUGGACAAGAUGAUCAUAUUGUUAAGAGCAAAUAUCAUGCUACUGAAACCUGUAAACGUUUGCAGGCUCAAGGGAAGGAAAAUUUUCAGAUUCUCUCCUACCCUGGAACAGGGCACUGCUUUGACCCUCCCUUUUUCCCUUUGUACCCCAUAGGAAAGCAUCCCGUUUUUCACAAGUGGGCAGUCCUGGGUGGGGAGCUCAAGGCUUAUUCUAAAGCACAGGUUCAUGCUUGGCCGAAGAUACAGGCUUUUUUCAACAAAUAUUUAAAUGACAAGUAACGUGCAAGAAACACACAGCUUUGA